AUGGCUCCUAAGUUGCCUGUUCGGCAGCUUUUGAUAUUAGCGAUAUGCCGCUUUUCCGAGCCUCUUGUAUUUACAUCUGUUCUUCCAUACUUGCCUGAACUAUUAGAAUAUGUGGGUGUUGCCAAAGCCGACGUAGCCAAAUGGGCUGGCAUCACCUCAGCAGCUGCAGCUCUGAGCCAGGCCUUCACGGCAGUGUCUUGGGGCACACUAUCUGACUAUGUGGGCCGAAAACCAGUGAUUCUAUUCGGUCUGACCUGCACCAUGGUGCUGUCAGUGGUACUGGGCAUGUCCCAAUCCCUCACAACGGUGCUAAUUUCCCGGACCAUGAUCGGUCUCAUGAAUGGCAACGUAGGUAUCCUCCGCACAAUGGUUGCAGAGAUUGUACCUGAGCGUGAGUUACAACCUCGUGCUUUCAGUAUCAUGCCUACAGUAUGGACAAUUGGCAGUAUCUUUGGUCCGUCUUUCGGCGGAGCUCUGGCCCAUCCAGCAGAGAAGUACCCUAACAUAUUUGGAAGCUCUGAAUUUCUGCGACGAUUUCCAUUCGCUUUGCCAAAUUUAAUUUCUGCUUGUGUCUUCAUUUUCGGGAUCACCGUUGGGUUUCUAUUCCUGCAUGAAACUUUGGAGACGAAGAAGGAUCAGCGGGACGUUGGUCUUGAGAUUGGUAAAGUACUUACGGGCUCGUGUACGUCGCGCAGGAAGGGCGAUCUUGAAAGAAAGGCUGUCGAUGAGGAGAGUGCAAGUCUUCUACCUAAAAGUUCUCUAAAGAGCAGUAAGAAAGAUCAGCCUAUCAAGCGUGUGUCUCACAGCUGGUCUCAGAUCUUUACUUUCCAAUCCAGUAUCAUUCUUGUGGCCUAUACCUUGAUGUCAGGCUUCGGUAUGGCCUUUGACUCUGUGUUUCCUGUUUUCCUGCACUACCCGGUCCAACAGCUACACGAAAACCUUGAUGUGAACCUUCCAUUCAAAUUCGCUAGUGGAUUUGGCGUUGAUUCUCAAACUAUUGGCACAUACUACACCAUCAUUGGCAUAAUCGGCAUGUUCAUUCAGUUCUAUUUGUUCCCACCUGUCGUCAAGCGCUACGGUGUACUGAAAUGCUACCAAGUCUCAGCUAUCUGCAUGCCAAUCAUUUUCCUCCUAACACCCUUCACAGCCCUCGUGCCUGGAGUACUCCGUACUCCAGUCGUGAUAUUUGUUAUGCUCGCUAAGCUCAGCACGACUAUUUUCGGUAUUCCAUGCUGCACCAUCCUCCUGACAAACUCCGCAUCAAGCAUGGCCGUUCUUGGCACUUUGAACGGAGUUGGUACCAGUUUUAGUGCACUAGGUCGUGCUGCAGGCCCAGCAGUUAUUGGGUCUGCAUUCUCGUAUGGUGUCAAGGAGGGCUAUGUACUCUUUCCGUGGUGGUUGCUUAGUGCUUUGGCGCUUUGGGGUAUUCUUCCUGGACUUUGGAUUAUUGAGCAGGAAGGUCCUUCUCGUGCAGUUCUGGAAGAGGAAGAUGCCGAUAUUGAAUAUGGCCAGGGAAAUGAGUCUGAGGAUGGGUAC